UACUAGGCUAAAGAUGGCGGCGGUGAUGGAGCUUCACGGCCACGGGCACGGACCCGGGCCGCAAGGAGAGGGGCACCGGCUGCCGGGGGACGACGAGGACGAGCCGAUUGAUCUCACAGGCCUAUCACCAGAGGAGAGAUGGAGGGUGGAACAUGCACGGAUGCAUGCCAAGCAUCGAGGGCACGAGGCGAUGCAUGCAGAGAUGGUGCUCAUUCUCAUUGUUACCUUGGUGGUUGCACAGAUUCUUCUCGUCCAGUGGAAGCAGAGACAUGCCAAGUCCUACAAUCUCGUGACACUAUUCCAGAUGUGGGUUGUGCCCCUGUAUUUCACAGCUAAACUGCACUGGUGGAGGUUCCUAGUGAUCUGGGUGCUGUUCUCAUUAAUUACAGCAUUUGUUACUUUCCGGGCAACACGAAAACCAUUGGAGGGAACGACGCCCAGGCUGGUUUAUAAAUGGUUUCUCCUACUCUACAAAUUAAGUUACGCUAGUGGGAUUGUGGGCUAUGCUGGAGUAAUGUUCACCCUCUUUGGCAUAAACUUAUUAUUUAGAAUAAAACCAGAAGAUGGAAUGGACUUUGGAGUAUCGCUACUAUUUUACGGGUUGUAUUAUGGAGUGUUGAGUCGUGACUUUGCAGAAAUGUGUGCAGACUACAUGGCGUCAACAAUAGGGUACUACAGUGCAUCAGGGAUGCCAACCAAACACCUCUCCAAUGAAAUCUGUGCAGUCUGUGGACAAAAAAUCUUUGUGGAGGUCAACGAGGAAGGCAUCAUAGAAAAUACCUACAUGCUAACCUGUAACCAUGUAUUCCAUGAAUUCUGCAUCCGAGGUUGGUGCAUCGUCGGGAAGAAACAAACCUGUCCAUAUUGUAAAGAGAAGGUGGAUCUAAAGAGAAUGUUUAGCAAUCCCUGGGAGCGACCUCAUGUCAUGUAUGGCCAGCUGCUGGAUUGGCUGCGUUACUUAGUUGCUUGGCAACCUGUGAUCAUCGGACUGGUUCAAGGCAUCAACUACAGUCUGGGACUGGAAUAGACUCUUUCCCCAUCUUUUUUUUGUCUCCUCCAUCCCUCCUCUGUGGCCUUCAUUCUCCCUCCCCCACCCCCACUCCACCCCCUGACUCCAAUUUUGAGGAAUGUACCAAUGGGAUGUUUCAUUACUCUCAGUUGGACAACUUCAUCCACAAAAGUAGGAGGAGGAGAGAAUGAAGGACACUCCCCACCUCACCGCCCCACACCCAGUGGGACAUGGGGCUAUUGGCUUAUGGAUUAGUGAGUUUCUACAAAGUAAUCUUCCCCAUUUCUCUCCAAAAAAGAAUGAAGAUUUAAAUUAAAGCAACUCUGUUACCUCUUUUCCGACCCACAAUUAACUUCUGGCUGGAAUUAACAACUGUUCCUCCAAAGAAGGCUCAAGGGGCUGAAUGGCCUGCUUCUAUCCCAUUUAACUGGUUCCCAAGGGGCUGAAUGGCUCCCUUUAGUUCCUAAUGUGACAGUGAAGAUCUUGAAUUGUAAGCUUGAGAGUUGUUUUCUUUCUUGACUCUGGAUAACCAGCAAGGCCAGUGGUCCUUAAAUUCUGUGAUCUUCUCUAAGUGGUCUCAGUGGUUACUUGCUGUGUGUAGGUCCAGGGUAGGACGGGUGAGUUAGCACAAGCCAGGCAUGCUCCUUCGAGCGCAACUUAAUCUUUAUAACAAAGCAUUCAACCUUUUAGAGGGUGAGGUUCAAGGGAUAGACCCAUGGAUGAGUGGGUUAUAAUAUUGGGGAGUUAUUACAGAAACUGAGGCUAUAAUUUUGGAGUAGCAAGUACAGGAACUGGGACUGUACCAUUGGGGGCGGCUAUUACAGGAACUGGGUUUGUAACAUGGGGGGGGGAGCAAAUGUUACAGGAACUGGGUCUAUACCUUUGGGGGCAGCCAUUACAGGAACUGAGGCUAUAGUAUUGGAGCAGCAAAUACAUGAACUGGGUCUGUAACAUGGAGAGCAGCCAUUACAGGAACUGGAACUGUUACAUAGGGGUUCAGUCUUUACAGUAACUGGGUCUGUAACAUGGGGGCCAGAUGUUACAGGAACUGGGUCUGCAAAAUGGGGAGCAGCCAUUGUAGGAACUGGUUCUGUAACAUGGGGGCACCCGUUACAGGAACUGGGUCUGUAACAUGGGGAGCAGCCAUUACAGGAACUGGGUCUGUAACAUGGGGGCACCCGUUACAGGAACUGGGUCUGUAACAUGGGGGCCAGAUGUUACAAGAACUGGGUCUGUAACAUAGGGGGAAGGGUAGCUGUUAUAGGAGCUGAGGCUAUAAUAUUGGAGCAGCAAAUACACAAAUUGGGUCUGUAACAUGGAGGGCAGCCAUUACAGGAACUGGAUCUGUAACAUGGAGGGCAGCCAUUACAGGAACUGGGUCUGUAACAUGGAGUGGGGGAGCAAUCAUUACAGGAGCUGGGUCUGUAACAUGGGUGGGGGAGCAGCCAUUACAGGAGCUGGGUCUGUAACAUGGGGUGGGGGAGCAGCCAUUACAGGAGCUGGGUUUAGAUUUGCAUUUGAGUCAGAUCGAGCAUUAUUCCCAGUUUUUGUGAGAAGAUUCACUGGGGGAAUGAAGUAAUAAAAUUCCUGAGCUGAGGAAAUUUACUGAAGAGUGAGUACCAUUCAGCAGAUGUUUUCUGUUGCGCUAAAAUAUUGCCUUAAAGUUGGAGGAGGAAGGGGAGAGAAAAAGAGCUUCUUAGGAUGGAAUUAAAAACUGAAGUGGGUUGGGUUGAUAACAGCAGGGUCAAAGAAUUCGGGGGAAUAUGUUGAAAUCCAUCCUUUUUAUACUAGAUAUAUAUUUAAAAAAAAACCCUAUUUUUACACUCUGAUCUUUUAUAUUGGAUUGUAUGGGGAUUAGUUAACAAUGCACUGGAUUGCAAGCUCACCCUUUCCCCUAACCCAGGAUCACUGCACCAAUAUGGAAAUGGCCAGUGAAUAUAUUUGACCACGUUUUGUACUCUCCUGGGCAGAUGCAGAGAAAUGGGUGAGUUUGUGUAAGCUUGCCUGCCCCCUGGUCCUUUCUAAUGUUGGGUGACCACGCUGCCAGGGUAUGUGAAAGUAAUGCCGUUGUGUUCCUCCUAGUGAGGAAUGAGGUGGGUUCCUCCGUGGAAAGAGCUCUGCAGUGUAAUGUCAAUCUAAACGGUUAAACAAAUGGCCAAUCUCCCUUGAAUUGAAUAACCUUGGGUUGCAAUAAAAGCUAUUGGGGCCCCUUGUCUGACAAGGGAAAAGGGAAGCGAGGUAUCGACUUCUCCUCUUUGUCCAGCAACCAGCCCCUUGCACCCCAGUCCUCCUCACUAUCAAGCCUGUGCUUUUGGCAGAGGGGAUCUCGGGUGACAGUCACAUGAGGAACCAUCACCAGACCGAGUACCUGAGCUCUGUAGUUUCCUGGGGAAUCCACCCCUGACCUUACAAGAGAGUCUGGGAGGUACGUGGAGAUGGGGUAGAACUGGAGGAGAAAAGGAAUCAGAGAAAUGCCAUGGGUAAGCAAUUCUCCAACUCUGGCUCAGCAAGAUAUAGCUCUGUUCACUAACCGGCAGCAAUCACUGAGAUUGCUCUCUGACCCUGUCCGCUGAUUGGUAUUAGAGCGAUGUAUGGUAUUUCAUCUGGUUACUUAUUGACCAAUGUUCAGUUGGGGCCACUAGCAAGGUGAAAAAAAAUUAUUUCCGUCAACAUUGGCUGCAUUGUUUGUUCUUCUUCCCCUUCUCCCUUAGACCCUGCCACCUCAGUAAGCUGGUUUGGUCAGUAUCGUCACUGAUAAAACAGGCUACCAUUUCUUUGGUGUUCUGGAUCUGUUAAAAAAAAUAAGGUGCAAUUCAUAUCAAUAAACAGUGUACAGGUUA